AUGACAAGAAACAUAUUGACAGAAACACCGGUGCUUCCAUGGAAGCCGAAGAUCGUCCUUUUUGGCGCUACCCUCCUCAUGAAUCUCACACGGCGUCCUAACGGAACUCUCAACCGCCGUCUACUGAAUUUAGUGAACCACACAGUUCCCGCGAGGAACAAAGCCCGUCAAGGUGUCAAAACAUUAGACAUAACCAUCGACGCCACCCGAAACCUCGGGUUUCGCCUCUUCAUCCCCACCAAACCCCCACCCGACGUCAUUCUCCCGGUCAUCAUCUUCUUCCAUGGCGGAGGAUUCGCCUUCUUCAGCCCUAAUUCUAGGCACUACGACAAUGUCUGCCGUCGUUUCGCCAGGGAGAUCCCUGCCGUCAUCGUCUCCGUCAACUACCGUCUAUUGCCGGAGCAUGGCUACCCCUCACAGUACGACGACGGCUUCGACACUCUCAAGUUCCUCGACCAACAGAGACUCGACGGUUUUCCGGCAAAUGCUGACCUCUCACGGUGCUUUCUUGUUGGCGACAGUGCCGGGGGGAAUCUGGCCCACCACGUCGCAUGCAGAGCCGGAAAGGCUGAAUUACGACAAGUGAGGGUGAUCGGGCAAAUAUCCAUACAAUCCUUCUUCGGCGGUGAGGAGAGGACAGAGUCGGAGAUCAGAUUGAAGAAGAUGCCCAUCGUGUCGUUGGGUUUGACAGAUUGGCUGUGGAAGGCGUUCUUGCCUGAAGGAGGAAACAGAGACCAUGAAGCGGUGAACGUGAUGGGGCCGAGGGCGGUGGAUAUAAAUGGAAUGGAGUAUCCGGAGACAGUGGUGGUGGUGGGAGGAUUUGAUCCGUUGCAGGAUAGGCAGAGAGAGUUCUAUAAUUGGCUUAAGAGAUCUGGGAAAGAAGUGAAACUGAUAGAGUAUCCAAACGCAGUUCAUGGGUUUUAUUUGUUUCCUGAAAUACCUGAAUCUUCUCAUUUUAUGAAGGAGGCCAGGGAUUUUGUUCAUAAGGUAUCUGCUACGUUCAAGAAGUGAUAAUCCCCCCAAAAUCUGAAUCUGUAAUUGUAAGUCGUUUGUAC